AAUGAAGCAAUUUGACAGGGACUUUUUGUCAUAUUUAUACAGUCGAUGGGAUCCACAAAGAAAAGUGUUACGGAAUCAGAGACGACUAUGAAAUAACAAUAAACGAGGGGAUGGUGGGUUGGAUCACUGGACUUCCAUAUGGACCUCUGACUUUGAGCAUUCUUGAGUUGGAUGUCACUGACAAAAAAUUCCAAGACUUGAAGAGCAGUUAUGAUAAUUCAGGGGGGAUCUGCUUUGCAGUUGUCCACAACAAGUGCAUGGAUACAUCUGUGGAGAACAAAGACUUUCUUAAACACUUUGUCCUUUGUGUUUUAGGUAAUGUUUUAUGCACUACAACAAGCAACAACAUUAGCCCUUGCCUUUGUUAGCUGUUGAAAGACAAGUACAUUAAUGAAGCAAGGACGUACAACUGGUCCAAAUACAUACUUGAUUGGAUGGUCAAGUAUAGAGGAAGUGAUCCUGCCAAGGGAUUUAAGGGAUCUCAUUUGGUUCUUGUGAUUGCAUACCUUGAUCGUCUUAACAUAGAUGGUAGAGGGAUGCUUUGGGACAAAAAUGUACCAAGGGUAGGGGCUUGGGAACAAAGAUGUGUUGAUGCUGCUAUUGCCGCUGAUAAGGGAAAAGAUGGAAAAUUUGGUGCAGCUGAGGUAGUUCGUGAUGUUAUUUAUGGAAAAAACUAUCCGAUCGGGGAGUCAUUCGGUCUCCAGUAUGGCUUAUAGAUUUCAGUUCUGGUUCAAAAUUUAGUGGCAGUGAAGGUGAAAUCGAAAAAUUACGUGAGAUGAGAGUGGAGAAUAUCAUAAAAAGGCCACCAAGAAAAGGAAAGGCCAAAGAGGUGGAGAGUAAGAAUGAUGAUGAGGAUCACAAUAGUAAGAGAACGGGUACAGUGGUUGCUAAUAAAAGAAGGUCGAAGAAUGCAAGUACAAAAGAGGAGGGACAAGGACUGCCACAAAAGGGCAUUUCAUUUGGGAAGAAAAGAUUAAAGGUAGCUUCAUCUUCAAGAGAUGAGCAGGCCAAAAGACAAAAGAAACGAGACAAGUUGGGUAAGAAGAAAAAAAAUCAGGAGAAAUCUUCAGAUCCUGAAGAUGAGGAUGAGGCCGAAAGACAAAAGAAAGGAGGCAAGUUAGGUAAGAAGAGAAGAAAUGAGGAAGCAUCUUCAGAUCUUGAAGAUGAGGAUGAGGAAGAAAAAUUGAAAGGCCCGAAAAAGACCAAACCUACAAAAAAAGGUGUUAAAGAAGGCUUCCAAGAAGAAAAAGUAUGAAAGCGACGAUACUGAAACAGACAAGGAAACCGGAGAGAAAGAUGACGAGGAUGAAAGCACUGACAGCGAGGGCUCCCAAAGAGAAGAUGGACCUACGGAGGAAGAUGAUGAUGAAGGGGGAGGGAAGUCUAAGGAGGAUAUCGAAUCUGGUGGAGAAGAUGAAACUGAUAGUGACAAUGGUCCUCCUGAGGAAGAUGAACCUGAUCAAGAUCGACCUUCUGAGGAUGAUGGAUCUGAUGAGGAGGAUGGUCCUCAAGACGAGGAGAUUCUAGAAGAGUUACAUUUUACACAUUUGCUACAUCCUAAUAUGCUACAAGUGUUUAGUCAUAAUUUUUUGUUGUUUGCAUUUUUAGGAGGAUGAGGUAGGACGUAUAGCAAAUCCUGAUCAUGACCUCGAUCAACCUCAAUCUAGAAAACCACCUAGUAUGUCCCCAACCGCUAGAAGACUUGUUGAAAAAAUACUGCAAAAAAAAGGCGAUGAAUCAUAAGUUUCAUUAUCAAAGACAAUAUUACAUGCAAUGUUAUAAUUGAC